UGUUUUCAUUAGUAUGGCUGCGAACAUGUGGUAAACAGUGUUUGAGGUUAUUUGGCGUGAAUUUCUUGUUGUUAAUUGUUUAUGAUAAUACUAGCAAUAUUGACUCUCUGUGUGUUUUGUGAAAUGUUAUUCGUAUGAACUAUUCAUACAUUUACAUGUGUUGAACAUUCAAAAGUAUGUUCUAAUUCUGAUCACUGGUGUGCCGCUUCUGCUAUUGUACAUAUUUUAGUGGUGUGACUCCAAUUAUACGUACAUAAAUACAUACAUAUUUAUUAUUCAGAAAUGAUAGCUUUAGCAACUGCGCGAAGGUUAGCCAAAUAUUCUACGAAUGUUUGGACAUGGAGUCGACUGGAUCGUAUGAAUCGAACGUUCCGAACAACCACAGUUUUUGCAGUACAAACGUUUGUGCAAAGAGAGAACGAGACAAUGUAUUCAGUCAUAAAAGCAAAUCCAGAAUGCGCCAAUACGCUUAUGCGAUUGUCAUUAACGCGUGCAGUGGAAGCACCCGAAUUCGAGAAUGUGUUGAUGCGAGACUGGCAAUCAGAUUCGCCAGAAAAUGUAGGUGAAGCUUUCAACCUUAUUUCAGUGUAUGGGCCUCAAAACGGUCGCGAAAUUACAGAAGAAGCAUUCAACAAUAUCUGUGAUGCUGUCAAGGCGAAGUGCAGCGAGAUGAAGGACGAGCACCUGCUGGGAGCGCUGCGCGACCUGUCCCGCUGGCCCAUCACGCGCGACGUCAAGGGCUGGUCGCGCGCGGAGCUGCUGCUGGCCGCCGACCACUGGUACCGCCUGGGGCUGGUGCGCAGCAGCAAGUUCAUGGUGGCCUGCAUGCGCCGCCUGUGCCGCAAGCCGCACAAGCUGACGGCGGCGCAGCUGGUGCAGACCAUGUUCUACCUGAACGCGCAGCGCCGCCACGCGGCCGUGGCCGAGGCCUUCGAGAUGGAGCACGCGCUCGAGAGCUGCGCCGAGCGCCUGUCGCUCGAGGACCUCGCGCUCGUCGCCGCCGGCUACUUCAAGACCGAGCGGAAGAUCCGCAGCGAGCGGCUGCUGGGGCGCAUGGUGGAGGUGGCGGGCGAGGGCGCGGCCGCGGCGCCGGACGUGCUGCUGGCGGCGCUCAUGAAGGUGAUGCGCUACUCGCUGCCGCUGUCCAUGAUCGACCAGCUGUACGCCAUGCAGGGGCGCGUGCUGCCGCACGUGCCGCGCUUCUCGCUCAUGACCUGCACCCACGUCGUCCUCGCCGGCACCAACGCACAGGUGCUGCACGAGCGGUUGGUGCUGGCGGUGGCGGAGCGGUUCGCGCGCGAGGCGGGCGCCGCGCGCAUCAAGGACCUGGAGCGCAUGGCGCUGGCCCUGGGGCUGUUCGGCGUGGCCCCGCCCCCCGACGCCCGCCCCUGCAUCUUCGACGCGCUCCAGCGCGAGCUGCGCGAUCCGGCCCGCGCCAAGGAGCUCGCCGCCUACGGCAGGUGCCUGCCCCGCGUGCUCUACUUCCUCAGCCUGUGCGGCGUCUACCCGCUCGACCUGCUGCAGCGCGCCAUGCACCCCGACUACCUCGCCCAGCACUUCGGGCGCGCACCAUCAUCGCCAAGGGCCGCGCCGACGCUGGAGCGGCCGGAGCGCGGCGCGCUGGCGGACAAGCUGCUGGGGCAGCUGCAGUUGGCGGCGGUGGAGGCGGCGGGCGGGGCGGAGCGCGCCGCGGCCCGCCACGUGCUGCCGCACCACGCGCGCGCGCCCGUGGUGGUGCGCGUGGACCCCGAGGCGAGUCGGCGCGCGGGCCGCGUGGUGUGCCUGCCCCUGCCCGAGGACCUGCUGCAGGGCCCGCCGCCCGGCGCCGACGCCCGCCCCGCGCCCCGCGACGGAGCCCUGUGGUGCACCCUCGUCGCCGCCGGCUGGAACUCGUACGUGCACGGCGACGGCAACGGACGCUUCGUCGGCGGCGCCGCCGCCUUGCUCCGGCAGCUGCCCGCCGUCGGCUACCGGCCCGUGGUCAGCUGGACCGCGCGGCCGCCGCCGCCGCCGCCACCACCGGCGCCCUUUGAUCAGCGCCUUCGAUCGCCGCACGCUGGGGGAUCCCUCGCCUCCCGCCCACGCACGGCCGCGCGCCCGCCCCGCCCCUCCCCGCCCUCCUUUCGCAUCGGCGGGUGCCUCAUCGCGGGCGAGGGGCGGCGGCGCGCCCCGGGCGCUGGGGCGGACAAGAUGCUCCGCCCGGCAACCUGUAAAACGCCGUGCGUGGCUAAAGGGCUGUCUAUUCAGAGGGAGCGCGGCGCGAAGGCGUCAAUGCGCCAUUCAUUGAAGCCGCGGUGCGUCGCCGGCGUCGUCUCGCGCCCGCCCGCCGUGCGGUAG